AUGGGAAGUGAAACCCCCAACUCAGAUUCCGAUUGGGAUUAUCCCCUCACCGAUGAAGAUCUCCGAGCAAUUGACUCCGCAUUUUCUUCCGCCGCCGCCACCUCCGCUCAUCCUCCUAAGCGCCGCCACGACCGCGACCGUAGCGGUGCCUCCGCCGAUUCCCCUCCUCAAAUCCGCCGCCGAUUGCCCGAUUCUCUCUUUGUGAGAAUCUCACCUUGCUCCACCAGAAGCCGCUUCCAUUCUAGCAGAAGUAAUUCUCACCUUUCUUCUUUCCGAGAAAUAAAUUUCGGAGGUCGCAUUAUAUAUAGUAGAACCGUAGAAGAGGUGGAAAGAGCUGCGAAGGAGCUUCUAGAUUUUGUGGAAGCUAAGAAAAGAAACGAAGAACAGUGCAUCCUUGGUCUGGAUAUCGAGUGGAGGCCCACAUUUAGAAGAGGCGUUCCCCCUGGAAAGGCAGCAGUUUUGCAGAUAUGCGGGCACAAUAAUUGUUGCCAUGUGAUGCACAUUAUUCAUUCCGGAAUACCCGAAAAACUGCAAAUUCUUCUCGAGGACCGCACUUCUCUAAAGGUGGGUGUGUGCAUUGCAAAUGAUGCUUCUAAGGUUCUUCAAGAUUAUAAUGUAUCGGUUAGUGCUUUGGCAGAACUUUCUGAUCUAGCCAAUCAAAAGCUCGGUGGAGUUCCCAAGAAGUGGAGCCUAUCGUCCUUAACCGAAACGCUCAUUUGCAGACAGCUGCCGAAACCAAGCAAAAUCCGACUAGGCAAUUGGGAAGUUGAUGUUCUAUCAAAGGAACAAUUAAAAUACGCUGCCACCGAUGCAUAUAUCUCUUGGUAUCUAUAUCAAGUGCUGAAAACCUAUCCAGAUUCUGCUGGUAAUACAAGUGCGGAAACGGUGUCAACCUAAAUGACUCGAUCAUCGAUUCUUUACUUGCUCGGGUUAGCACUCUUCAGUUUUUUUUUACCUCUAAUAAUUGUUGCCUUUUUAAUGAUUCUUAUUAAAUUAUUUAGUUUUUAGCUUCAUUG